AUAAUUCCAAAAUCAAGCAAUCCAUGAGCUGAAAUGUCAAACUCAAAUUCCCAUCCUUCCACCGACUCGAAUUACACAACUUCAGUCUUUUCUGAUAAUUCAUACUGUUAACAUCGUUCGGCAAUCCAAAAUUCCCAGCGGCCUUUCAUUUUGGUCCGAAUAUAAUCCAAAAAUUAUUCUACCCCGUUCGGUUUUUGGUUAAGAAAAAAAAACAAAUUUUUUUUCGAAAUUUUCGAUUCGAAAUUAGACGCGAGAAGAUGUCGAACGGCGGAUACUCCUUCUGGAACGGCCAACCCGUUAACGCUCCCGUAUACCCGCAGAUGGGGGAUCUGAUGCAGCCGACCGGCCAGCCGACAGCCGGCGGAUCCGGUGGCGGACCUUCUGCCGCCGGCUUCAGUGGACAAAUGCCAGGUGCAAUGGGAUUCGGCAACUCUGGCGGAGCUUCAGCGUCUUCAUCCCAAGGCGGAGGACACUCGCAGCGCGGCAUGUCCGGCAUGUCUGGCAUGUCGGCCGGAAUGGCCGGAAUGGCCGGAAUGGCUGGUAUGGGAAUGCAAAUGCCCAUGCCCAGUUCCCAAAUGGGAAUGGGCGACUACGGCCAUGGGAGCAUGCCCAUGAGCGGCACGGUCAGCUCUCCACUUACCUGCAAUCUGCCCCAGAGCUUCUUCGGGCAGUCGCAAGGACCCUACGAGCCCUGCAUCGACAACGGAGAGGCCUUCUGCGCCUACAACGGCAUGGACAUGAGCAUGAACUACGGCGGCGGUGGUGCCGGUGGCUCCAUGUCCGGUGGUAAGGGUGGUUUCUGGUAGAGGUUCUGGGAGAGAACCACCAUCCACCAAACGCCAUCCAAGCGCCACAUAAAUGGGUCGAGAGGAUCUCAGUUUCCAGAAAGCCCAACCUUCCACAAGUGCCUCGAAAUUGUCAGUUGGCCGUUCAAAUAAAAUUAUUGUUCACUUAAUCUUAAAA